AUGGUUCUUGUGAAAAAAAAAGGCCAAGACAGCAGAUAUGGCACCAUUGAAAAAAGCCAAGAGAGCAGAUAUGCACCAUUGAAAAAAGCCAAGAGAGCAGAUAUGGCACCAUUGAAAAAAGCCAAGAGAGCAGAUAUGGCACCAUUGAAAAAAGCCAAGAGAGCAGAUAUGGCACCAUUGAAAAAAGCCAAGAGAGCAGAUAUGGCACCAUUUGAAAAAAAGCCAAGAGCAGAUAUGGCACCAUUGAAAAAAGCCAAGAGAGCAGAUAUGGCACCAUUGAAAAAAGCCAAGAGAGCAGAUAUGGCACCAUUGAAAAAAGCCAAGAGAGCAGAUAUGGCACCAUUGAAAAAAGCCAAGAGAGCAGAUAUGGCACCAUUGAAAAAAGCCAAGAGAGCAGAAAUGGCACCAUUGAAAAAAGCCAAGGAGCAGAUAUGGCACCAUUGA